AUGUACAGAGUCAAAACUCAGUCUCUGGUUGUCACCCAACGCGUGCGCAACCCCAGACUCUUGGCCACUUCAACAGUUGCACUCGUCGCUGCUGGAUCCCUCGUCACAAAGACCGCAUAUUGCCAGCAUGAUUCGUCAAUUCAGGCUGAGGCUGACGAUUUGAAGGAGGCCGUCCAAGAGUUUGCUGACCACAUCCUCCAACUCGCCGACUCUCCCUACGACAAGUCCUCCCCCUCUUCUUCCCCUUCGUCAGGCCGCGACCAUGGACACAGCUCACCCUUCUUCUCUUCCAUGGGCCAUCGCUCCCACCACGGUGGCUUUGGAUUCCGUUCCUCGGAUAAUGAUGGAGAGCAUGAUGGCAACUACCACAACCCCAACCACUCCUCUGAGGGCAAUGUUUCUUCGUUCAGAAGGGGAGGCGGUAACCAGGUCCGUGGCGUGUAUGUUGAAGAGCCCCUCGUUCCUGCUCUCUUCUACAUUACCGUCGCUGGAUUGACUGGAAGUAUCCUCGCCCGCAGAAGCAACUUUUUGUUCAGGUUCUUAUCCCCCGUCGCGUUGGCACUGGGAGCCUCAGCAUACUGCAUCCCCAAGACGACCAACAACGUGAUCCACGGCCUGCGCACCUAUGACUACACGCAAUGGUCGCACGACAUGCAGCACAAGUACUUCCAUGCCAAGAAAUCCAUCGUCGACACCACUACCAGUCUCACCUCUGCUACAGGGUCCAUCGCCGGGUCAGUUGUCCAGGGCGCCCAAGGCGCUGCUCACGAUCUUGCGGAAAAGACCCACGAGCUUACGGACAAGACCCAGCAUUUGAUGGACGAUGUGAAGGAGAAGGGUAAGGGUGUUGCGCAUGAGAUCCAGGAUAAGGGUGAGAGUCUUGUCAAGGAGGCCAAGGGAUUGGGACAUGAUUUGACACACAAGUUGGACCAUGCCAAGGACGAGGUAAAGGAUCAGGUUGAGGAUGGGGCGGACCAUGCGAAGCAUUGGUGGAAUUCUGAGAAGAAGUCUGUUGAGAAAGGGGCCAAGGAUUUGAGUAAGACUGCGAGACAGACUGGGGAGGAUGCCAAGGAUUGGGCGAGGUCGAAUUCUGGGUUCGAUCGUCAUGAUGUCGAGCGUGGGUUUGAGCGGUUCAAGUCCAAGGCCCAGGAUGAGUGGGACAAUGCCCGGGACGAGAUGAAUGAUGUCUAUGAGAACGGUCGUUCUUCUCGGUUUGGACGUGAUGCGCGUCACAAGUUUGAGUCGUGGAAGGAUUCUGCAGAGGACUGGGCCGAAGACCGGUCCCGUGAUGCCCGCGGAACCUUUGAGCGCAACAAGGACUCUGCUCAAGACUGGGCCGAGGAUCGAUCCCGCGAUGCUCGUAGAAACUUCAACCGUGCUAAGGGAUCCGCCCAGGACUGGGCCCAAGACCGUGGAUAUGAAUCCCGCCAGAUAGGUCGCGAUUUCGAGAACCGUUUUGACGAUACCCGCAGCGAGUUCAAGAAGUACGGUCGCGAAGCCGAGAACCAGUUCGGCAAUGCCCGUGACGAGGUCAAGAAGCACGGUCGCGAAGCCCGUGAUUUCUCCGAGGACCGGUUCCGUGAUGCUAGACGCGAUAUCCGUAACCGCGCAGAGGAUCUGCAGGACCAUGGUCGUCGACAACUCCACAAGUUUGAGCACGAAGCCGAUGAUCGCACUGGUGAUCGUCACGGUGGAUGGGGCUUUGAAGGUGAUAGAAACACUGAGGACUUUGGAGGUCGUCGUGGUCGAUAUGAGGAGCGUGAAGAGUACGGAGGCCGUCGAGAUGGUUGGAAUGCUGAUGACUCCCGUCCUCGUCGGUCUGUAACCGAGGCUGCCAAGGAAGGCAAGAGCUGGUGGUCCUCCUCCUCUCCUCGCCACAACAGUGCCGCAGACCCCUACGAAUCCUACGACCGCGACACCAACAACCGUUCCACCUGGUGGAAGGCCGGCUCCGGCACCUCGGGUCCAUCACUCAAAGACUCGGCCCGCGACGAGUUCUCCCACCUCAAACACCAAGCCCGCCGGGGCGCCGACCGCAUCUACGACAAUGUCGAUGACAAGGUCCAAGAUGGACAGUCCUGGUUGGCCGGCACGAAGCACGAUCUCCAGGACCGGUUCCAACACGCCAAGCAUGAUAUGCGAAACAAGUUUGCCCACGACCAGGGUCGUGAGUUUGGAGGGCUCGGCAAGGCAGGAGGACAUAACCACGAGUCGAUUUACUCUCAUGAUAACUGGUUCCAUUAUGAUCAUGGCGAGGAGGCCAUGGCCGGAGGACGACGUGGGCGUGGCGAGAGGGGUUUGUAA